AGGAGGAGAUGGUAAAGGGGGGAAGGAGAAAGAAGGGGGUCGGAUUGAAAACAGAUCAGCAGCCUGAAGAUCUCAACACCACCGCAUGUCUCUGCUAUAACUAUCGAGUGAAGCCAAACCGCCUUUAGUCCGAAACUUUAACGCUCAAGAAAAUACAAAGCGUCACGCAUCAUGUUAGUUUGCUGAAAAGCGCGCAAAGCACGCACACAAGAGCGCACCCCUGGAGAAGAUGGAUUGUAAGAAAAAGUUAGACUCGACUUUUGUUCAGCACUGAAUCACUCUCCGGUAUAGUAGGAGUGCAAGCUUGAAGUGUCAAUAAACUUUUAAUAACUCGGUUCAUGGAGUUUCGCGUCAAGUCCGGAGAGGCUUGUUUGCGCGUUGUGCAUGGUGCCAGCUCAGUCCUAGUUUACGGGAAUCAGACUCCAGGCAAAGUUUUCCUCGGACAAAAAGAGUGAGUGGAAGAUCUUCGGUUUCGAAGUGAAAAGAGACGGCAGCGAAGGUUGUGACGGAAAUUGAAAAGCAGCAUGGAGACUUCAGUUCCAACUGCCACUGAGAAGAAGGAGUGUAAGGGUUCAGGUCUGGAUGGAAGCAGCUUCUCAGAAAUCCCAAAGAAGCCCUCGCCCACCACUCUGACCAGAGGUGCCCACCACCUCUUCCCCACGUUUCACACCCCUAUCCCAAUUGACAUGCGACACCACGAGGGGCGAUACCAUUAUGAGCCACACCCACUCCACGGCAUGCAUGGACCUCCAGGACUGACGGGCAGUCCAGUCAUCUCAGAUAUUUCCCUGAUCCGUCUAUCACCCCACACGGCGCCUGGGACGGGUGAGUCACCGUUCAGCCCUCCACAUCCUUACGUCAGCCCCCACAUGGAGCACUACCUACGCUCGGUACACGGCAGCCCCACCCUCUCCAUGAUCUCAGCGGCCCGAGGACUGAGCCCUGCAGAAGUGACCCACGAACACCUGAAGGAUCGUGCCCUGUUCAGUCUCCCCCCUCCACCACCAGGGGCAAACCCGACAGAAUACUACCACCUGAUGACCAGUGCCAGCCAGCGAAGCCCCUACACUGACCUGCUGAUGCAGAGCAGUGCAGCGGCGGCCGCAGCAGCAGCGGCUGCAGCUCAUCUACCAGAUUACAUCAGCCCCGUGGAUGUAUCACGUUUCUCGAGCCCACGGCUGACACCCCGACUGAGCAGGAAGCGGGCGCUGUCUAUCUCCCCACUGUCAGAUGCCAGCAUUGACCUGCAGACCAUGAUCCGCACCUCACCCAACUCCCUGGUGGCCUACAUCAACAACUCCCGUUCCAGCUCAGCCGCCAGCAGCUCCUAUGGGCACCUUUCAGUCGGAGGGAUCAGCCCCUCGUUCAGCUUCCCUCAUCCCAUCAACCCAGUGGCGUACCAGCAGCUGUUGUCCCAGCAUAGGACGAUCAACGCCUUCGGCCACACUCCGCCUCUCAUUCAACCAUCGGCGUCCUCUUUCUCUACUCGCCAACACCCCCUCACCGCUUCACCUAUGUCCACCUCCCACAACGGUUCCAGCUCUGAGGCAAUCCAGAAUGCCAGUGGAGACCCAGCAGUGAGUAGCACAGUCAACCCACUGACCACCAAGAGGUCAAAGGUUAAGACGGAAGCAGAGGGUCCACUGCCCAUCUCACCGUCCUCUCAGGACCAUGGUGGAGGGAUCUUGGACUUGAGUGAGGAUCUGGAUAAGGACGAGUGCAAACAGGAACCCGAGGCCAUAUAUGAGACCAACUGCCACUGGGAGAGCUGUACCAAAGAGUAUGACACCCAGGACCAGCUUGUUCAUCACAUCAACAACGACCACAUCCACGGUGAGAAAAAGGAGUUUGUGUGUCGCUGGGAGGAGUGUUCACGGGAGCAGAAACCCUUCAAGGCUCAGUACAUGCUGGUGGUCCACAUGAGGCGUCACACAGGGGAGAAGCCGCAUAAAUGCACAUUUGAGGGCUGCUCAAAAGCUUACUCUCGCUUGGAGAACCUCAAGACCCACCUCAGGUCCCACACAGGGGAGAAGCCGUAUGUGUGUGAACAUGAAGGCUGCAACAAGGCCUUCUCCAAUGCCUCAGACCGGGCCAAGCACCAGAACCGCACACACUCUAAUGAGAAACCAUAUGUGUGUAAGAUCACAGGCUGUACAAAGCGCUACACAGACCCCAGCUCUCUCCGGAAACAUGUUAAGACAGUCCACGGACCCGAAGCCCACGUCACUAAGAAACAACGAAGCGACGCACCUCCCAGACUGCAGCCACCCAAAGGCAACGGAGAGAAUGAGACAAAUUCCAAGCUUGGUGCAAGAGGCGUGGACGGCAGGAUUGAGGUCAACAACACCUCUAGAGGAGUGGAAGACUGCCUACAAGUCAAAUCUAUCAAGACCGAGAACUCUAUGACGUAUCACUCCAGUCCUGGCGGCCACUCGUCAUGUAGCAGUGAGCCGUCACCUCUAAGCAGCGCCAACAACAACGACAGUGGGGUGGAGAUGGCCAUGCACAGCGGGGGCAGCUUCGGGGACCUAAGUGCACAGGAUGAGUGCCCCAUGGUUGACUCCACUGUUCCCGCUGGGGGACAGCAGGCUGGGAUGGGGCUUCAGUUGAGGAAAGCUGUGGGUCAUGGUGGUGCGGUCACCAUCAAGCUGGAGAAUAUCAAGAAGGAAAGGCUGAAGACAAUGAGGGACUCCUGCCCCUGGGUCAACUCUGCACCACAGCCACUGCAGGGCCAACGCAACAGCAUGAAGCUGCCUCCCAUUCCUGCAGUCGGUUCCCUGCUGGAGAGCUCCAACAUGAUGACUAACUUAAGCGGUUCGUAUCCUGGCCAGCGCAUGGGUGACCUAUCUUCAUGUGAAGUGACAUUGCUGAACCAGCUGAAUGAGCGACGUGACAGCACCACCAGCACCAUCAGCUCAGCUUACACCUUGAGUCGGCGCUCCUCCGGUAUUUCACCUUGCUAUUCCAGCCGCCGCUCCAGUGAGGCGUCCCACUUUGGUGCUAACCGCCAUAACAAUAUCAGUUCAGCUGACUCCUAUGACCCAAUAUCCACUGAUCUGUCUCGCCGCUCCAGCGAGGCCAGCCAUUGUGGAGGUGGUGGUGGUGUCAGCGGAGGAGGAGGUGUCUCAAGCCUCCUUAGUUUGACACCAGCUCAGCAUUAUCGGCUCAAGGCAAAGUACGCUGCUGCCAUUGGUGGAGCUCCACCUACUCCUCUCCCCAAUAUGGACCGAAUGAGCCUGAGGACCCGCAUGGCAUUCUACAGUGACUCCCAGGAAGGCUCGUCACACCCAUUCCAUCAGCCACCCUCUGGAACUGUGCCUCGGCGAUGCAGUGAUAUUGGAUAUGGCACACAGAGCAUGAUGCCCCAUGAGGUACCCACCAACCUUCCACGCCGUGCCAGUGACCCAGUGCGUCGUCCCGCAUUGGACCCUCUCUCCUUUCCUAGGGUCCAGCGCUAUAACAGCACGAACAGCAUGAACCCCAUGAAUGGCCAAUCAGCUGAACGCCACCAGGCACUGGCUAUGCAGGGCUACACUCGUUCUGAUGGCAGCCUGCAACGUUACCCAUUCGCCCCCCGACCACCGAGCAUUUCUGAGAAUGUAGUCAUGGAGAACAUGGCAGUAGAUGGGAUGAUGACUGGGGGGGGACAGAGUGGGGAGGAUGAUAUGGUGCUUCCAGAUGAUGUGGUGCAGUACCUCAGGACCCAGAAUUCGGGCCCCUCAGGUCACAACUUGGGGCGAGUGGAUUACCAUUCAAACAAUCAGACUCAGGGCUACCAGACAGGCAUGGCCCCACCAGCAUCAUUUUAUUCACAGAGGAGGAUGGCCAUGGUGGAUGCCACCAAUACUCAGUCUGGUCAGGACAUGCAAUCCUGCCACAUGGCUCCUGGUGGCUCCCAGCAGCCCUUCUCCGCACCUUCGGACAACAUGAACAAGAAUAACAUGCCGGUGCAAUGGAAUGAGGUGAGCUCAGGGACUGUGGACACCACAACCAAGCUCUCCAAACAACAGCAGCAUCCUCUCAGGGGGAACCUAGCUGUUGUUCAACAGAGGCACAAUUUUGGUUCUUUCCCAGGACAAGGACAGGGCCUGGGCAGCAAUCAGCAGGUAGUGCCUAUGAGUCAGAAUAUGUCUAUGCAGGGGUAUGUGAACCACAACAGCCAGAGGCUGAUGAACAUCUCCCACCAGCAGCAUCAGCAACAAAGGCAAUGCAACAAUGUGAACUUGAGUCCUCAGCAAGGAUUCGGCCAAGAGGCAGUCUUAAAUUCCGUAUCUGGGAGCACUAGCAUGAGACCUACCCGGAACAGUAUGGCAGAUCCAGAACUGCAAAGUUACGGAGCAAGGACACAAGCUGAUGGGUAUUCUCAUGUGAAUCAAGUGGAUCAGCAGCAAAAUUACAGUGUUCUGUCUCAGCACCAGCACAAUAUCCAUAAUGAAGGCAGAGGAAUGUUACAACCCAGGCCUCCCACUGAACCCAAGUCUGUUGCCAGACAACACACAGGGUCUAGCAUGAUUCAACUGAGCCGAAUACUCAAGUCAUCUGAUUUGAGCCCCAGUCGUGGUACUGACACCUCAGAGGCAAGCCCAAAGAGGCCCAGUGGGUCAGCAGCCCACAUCAGUAACACUGAAAAUCCAAACUCUGCUGUUUUCUACACAGGUCAGAUUCAUAUGUUUGAACCAACUUCUGUCAGCUUUGAUUCUCCCAUGUCCCCCUGUGCCAGCCAGGCUUCUGCCAGCAACACCACUGCUGCAGCCAACAUGGCAUCACCAGGAGUCAACCAGGUCUCCAGCAGUACGGUGGAUUCUUCCACUGGUGGAUCUGGUGGCACAGAGCAUGCCCAGAUCGACUUUGACACCAUGCUAGAUGAUGGGGACCACUCCAGUCUAAUGUCAGGCACUCUGAGUCCUGGCCUUCUGCAGAGCCUCUCACAGAAUUCCUCACGUCUCACCACCCCCCGCAACUCUGUCACCCUUGCAUCUGUACCGGCAGGGAUUGGCAACAUGGCCAUCGGUGACAUGAACUCUAUGCUCACAGCCUUGGCUGAAGAAAGCAAGUUCCUCAACAUGAUAAGCUGAGAGCAAUCAAACACCUCAUCAUCCAUACAGUUUUAACCAUUUCUACAUCAGGAAAAUAUGAACUACACAAGAAAGCACUGAUUUAACAAUGCAAAACUGGCUAUUUCAUAACUUCCUCCCUCAUUGUCCAUAGUAAUAUGCGUAUCUUGUAAUAUUUGCUUCAGAAUAUAUGUUACAUUAAAAUGUAAUAGUAAGUAUAGCUAGGGUUAAGAACAAUUUUCUGACAUUAUUUGUUAAAAAGCCAUACAUUUUACUUACAAAUAUAUGAUAGCCCAGGGUAUAUAAAUGUAUCUUCAAACAAUUGCCAUUCAGUAUUUGCUGGUAUAUUAGCCCUUUACAAAGUGGUGCACUAAAAACAGUUCACAUAGUAGCUUGCUGAGGACAUCAAGGUUGAGCGUCUGGAAACGCUGUUUCCAGGAAAUGGACAUGGUAUGUAGAUAACAGAUAAUAUUUUCUCAUGAAGACCUUAAUGUGUAUAUAUUAUACUGUAUGGUACUUGCUUUAAGUUAUGCUAUACACUUAUGAUGUUUAACUAGGGCUGUCAAAGGUUUCAUUCAGAAAGAACAAUGGGUGAAUAUUUUUUAAUGAUUGGUUAAGUUUUUAGGGGGGGGGGGUUUCUCUGUGCUAACCAUGUGGAUUUCGAAAAAUAUUCUCACAA